AUGCAUGAAUCAAUUCAAAAGAAGCAUCCCAGCCAGACACAUCAUAAAGCCGCUCGGGAAGGUAUCGCCGAGAGCGUCACAGCCAAGGUUGGGAACAAGCAUGCCCAUGCCAAUCAUCCUAGGGAAUCGACCAAGGGUGGCCUGCGCUCUGAAGAUCCGGCGGCAUGGCAGCCGUUUUGGCUGAAGAAGGAGACGCUGGGUGCCUUCACGUUCCUCUAUCUCUUCUUUGCCGUGGUUUUGAUGGCCCUGUUGAUAACUUCACAACGCAACGCCGGCCUUGUAGAAGGUCGCAAAGAACUUGAAAUUUUAUGGAAAUUUGCCCCCACUGCUAUCUUCACCCUGGUGGCCACACUAUGGACCCGGGUCGAGCUGCAGACCUUGAGGUACUACCCAUGGGCCGUCAUCCAGAAUGAACCACCCACAAGGCAUAAUGUGUACACACUCGACUAUAACGCCAUGAUCCCCGCUAGGGUCAUGUAUAACGCCCUGCAGGGGCGGCAUAUCUUCGUCUUCUUCGUUGUUCUCACAUCCGUCAUCCUCAAGGUUCAGGUCGUCCUCGGACCGAGUAUCUUCUACCUGGACAGCCAGUUCCGCUCUGAUUCCGUCGCAGCCCAGGCUCUGGAUUCAUUCGACACCACCAACGCGCAGGAUCGGGGAGAUUUACCCUUAUUCGGGCUACAGCAUGCGAUUGGUAUUCGCAAAUUCGGCAUGAGCCGCCCCUUUGGCGUGUCGGAGAAUGCGACGUACCAGACGUUUAAUUUGAAAGGUGGAGAAUCUCGAGGCACGAUCGAGGCACCCGUGACUGCGGUGGUUGAUGGCAUAUUCAUGGAUAUCAAGUGCAUACCCCUGGCUGACUAUUCGGUUACAAAACCUUGGGUAGUGGCAGGGCAAUACAACGAGUCCUACACGACCCUCGACCUGGAAUUCGAAGGCUGUGAGCAAUCCAUUGAAUAUGAAGUCGUAAUGUCUUCGAGAGCCGUUGAGACGGAGAAAGGAACCUCCACCUGGGGCAUUAUGCCCCUGUAUACAGAGAAGGAAGACGAGGGCAAGACCAACUUUACAUCAGGAGUCCCAUUCUCCAAGACACUAGGCUCUUGGGCCGAUCAUCCCCGUCCGAUAUGCUCCUCGCUGCCACAGCAGUUCCCCCCCUUCAUCUAUUUCGGUGCUUACUGGAAACCAUCCGAGGCAAAUAAGACAAACUACAAAACUAUGGCGCAUGCUGGUGUCAUCUGCUCACCAACCGGAUGGAUAUCGAAGGUGCAGGUCACUGAUGAUGGUGUGGACCCCGAGGUCGCGGUCGUGCCAGGCCAGGAGAACACCCCGUUAGUUCUCAAUCCCUGGAACAUCCUCUCCAACAUCGGCGGACAGAGGGCAGGGGGUGGCUCUGAUAUUGUGGUUGGCCCCCUGGGUUUCUCAUAUAUGUUGACGGAUUACCCGGAGUUUGACCAGGCCGAUCUGGCCUUGUACAGCAACAGCAUUCUGACUGAUGCUGUUUACAAUAUGACCAAGACGAGUGGACCUUUGAUUCUGAGCUAUCAGCUUCGGCACACGAAUGAGAGCGAGGUAGUAGGGACGAGGCAGACGAGCAUCUACAAGCUUCAGGUGCGGUUGAGUGUCUGCGUACCCAUUAUUAUCCUAUUCUUCAUUUCUUCCAUUAUUGCAUGCGUCGGGAUGGUGCGGUUCAGCCCCCUGUUCCGAAUCUGGUUCCGGAACCCAACUACCAUUUUGGGAUCAGCCUUAUUCUUCGGCAGUAGGAGCAAGCUUAGUACAGUCGUCGAGGAGGACCUACUCGAGACCAGUGGCAUCCGCAAGGAUAUUUGGCAGCAUUCAGACUAUUCCCCGCCAUCCCUGCGGACAUGGGUCCGCUCGAUCUUCGUACUGUACGCACUGGCACUUAUCGUGACUCUGGCAGUGACGCUUUGGGUAUCGAAAUCACAAAAUGGCUUGGCUAAAGUCAGCCAGGGUGCCCCGGCAAUUUGGUGGACGUCCAUCCCGGCACUUGCAAUGACUUUGAUCACACUCUAUACAACUUCCUCAGACUCAGAAAUUAGGAAACUUUCUCUGCACUUCUGCGUCAAUACGCGACCCUGCAAGGCCGCGGAACUAGAUAUGUGUCUUCUCGAUAUGCUUGGGUUGCGAGCCCUGUACCACUCAUUCAGACUGCGGUUGCCUGUUGUCACAUUAGUGCAGGGUCUUGCUAUCCUCUCCGGCUUCCUGGCGGCUUUGUCGUCGCUCCUGUUUACUACUAUUGAAAUCACAGAGUGGGAAGAUAUGACGUUUGCGCUAAAAGACACAUUUUCCAAUCGUGUGGUCAGGUCAGAGUAUGGUCCUGUAUACGAAGGAGCUAUGCAGAGUCUAAUCACCACGUACGACAGGUCCAACUUCACGUGGCCCAAGGGGACAUAUGGCAGCCUCCUCUUCUCAACACUGGACAUCGACGCCCUACAAGGUCUAGAUAGCUCUAGCGCCACUGUCGAAUUCGACACGCCGGCUGUGACGCUCAGACCUGAGUGCGAGAAUAUCUCAUCGGGCAAUGACAUCACAAUAAAGCCCCUUGAGGACGACAGAGACGAGCCGGUGUAUGUGACUAUCAACAACAAGCACACUUGCACAGGCGGUGGAUCAGUCACUCUAGGCGUUUCAAUCGUCUCGUCUAACUACGUCGAAGGCAAGUAUUACUUCGCUGUCACGCAGGAGGGCGGCAGCUGCAAGGGCGACUCGGCCACUGUCGCGAAUGGCACCGUGACUCACAUAUGGGGAUCUGUGCCGUAUAACCACAGCACCCCGGACUACUACGCUAUCGUUAAGUGUGCUUAUACCUGGGCCGAGGUCUCCACCAAGGUGAGGAUGAGCUACGCCGGCGGGGUUCUCCAGUUUGACCAGAACAAGCCGCCGAGCCCCGACCUCGCCACCCUCACACCGUGGAACAAGACGGAGUUCGCCAUGCCCAGUCUGGUCGAUGAUAUGUGGCCCACGCUGGGCGGCACGGACACGAAACAGGGGGGCAACUACGGGGCGUUCGGCCUGCUCAUCGAGCCUUUUGGGAAGAUGAAGCUGCAUGACUUUGGCGACUCGGCCAAGGAGAAUGACGUCCUCGACGGGCUCCACACCAAGAGGGCCAUAUAUGCCGCUCAGCUAGCAAAUAACCGCAACAGAAACCAACUUGACUACUCUGAAUUUGCAGGACCCGAGGCGGCUGCUGUUAAUGCGAGGGUAUCCCUUGGGGCGACCCGGCGUCUUGACCAGAGUGCGCCCAUCACCUAUGUGAUAAUUGCUAUCCUCUCUCUGGCGUUUCUGAUCAACCUGUGGGCGUUGAUAUCAGGUGUGUUAGGGCGGUUCUUGGAUAAUAAGCGCAAGUGGCUGCUUAAUAUGUCGAUGAGGGGUCUGGCGCCUGAUCAGUUUGGGAGCAUCAUAAUGGCGGACUCUCUCCUCCUCGGCUCAAACUAUCAAAAGUUCAUACCAGAGGAAGCUUAUUUAGAGAAGCCGGACGUCCUGCACCAAAAGCUGGCUCACCUCCGUUUCCGUAUGGGAGGGUUUAUAAGAAGAGGAGGCCAGGAGAAGGAAGUAACACUUGGAGUACUUCGUGAUGAUGAGUUCCAGUUCUUGGGUGGUUAA